AUGAGCAGCGUUCCAGGAGGUGCAAAAACACUGGCCAAGAGAAAGGCCACGCAAGAAAACAAGCUCAAGCAGCAGCUGCAGAGCCAGCCAACGUCCACACGGGCUGCUGGCGCCGGCGGCUCAUCGUCCACGAUGCUCAAGAUCUACACCGACGAGUCGCAGGGUUUCAAGAUCGACCCGCUCGUCGUGCUUGUUCUGGCCGUCUCGUUCAUCUUCUCGGUCGUGCUACUGCACGUGCUGGCCAAGCUGACCGGCAAGUUCUUCUAG